CUACCUUCUUCCCCAUAGAAAAGCCUCGGAUGAACAGUAUUCUUACUUCUGCAACUGAACCAUAUGAUCUGUCUUUCUCAAGAUCCUACCAGAGUCUCUCACACCUUCCACCAUCUUAUGAAUCUGCAGUUAAAUCUGACAUAAGCAAGUAUUCUUCACUAAAGCGGUUAAGUGAAAAGGAGAUUGAUGAAUAUUACAUGAAAAGGCGACACCUUCCAGACUUGGCAGCGAGAGGAACCCUGCCUCUCCACAUUAUGAAAAUGAACCAGGAACACAGUAACACCAGGGAGAGGCCUAGACGACCAAUGCGAGCAAUGUCACAGGACAGAGUCCUGUCUCCAGAGAGAGAUGUGCCUCAAGAAUGUGUCAUGACUUACGAGCGCAUCCUAUCUGAUGAACAACUGCUAUCAGCUGAACGUCUUCAGUCCCAGGACCCUCUGCUCUCUCCCGAUAAAGUUAUGUCCCUCAAACGCUCGGGGUUCCGUGAAAAGGCCAUGUCCAGGGCCUUGUCCCAGUCCCACACAGAUGUCUUUGUAUCCACGCCCGUCUUAGAUCGCUAUAAGAUGACAAAAAUGCACUCGCAUCCCAGUGCCUCAAACUCUUCUUAUAAUACCUUAAAUACAAAUCAAACAAACCACACUGCUGCUAAGCGACAUGCCUUUGCUUCACGUCGGCACAACACAGUGGAACAGCUCCACUAUAUCCCAGGACAUCACCGUAAUUACCAUACAGCCAGCAAAACAGAAGUAACUGUUUGAUCUUAAUAAAAAAAAACACAUCACCGAUUCCAUAAUAACAAGAGUCUGGAAUAUUUGUCAGUGAGCCAGAGGACAAUGGCACUAUCAGACCACACUAAUUACUCACGCCCUAAUUCCUGACAUGUUAUUCGAACAAAUGCAUUUGUUUUAUCUAAACAAAGUGGCAUCCAAUAUGAGGCUUCAGUCUUUCCAGAGACAUGUAACAUCAGUUCCUUGUUUUAUUCAAGGUUUUCAUUUUAGUUGGUACAUUAGCACAACAGAUGGUAUUAUACCAUCCAGGUCACCUGACAGUUUCUAUCAAAGGAAGCCAUGUGGUAUGGUAGUCAAUUUUAAAGGGCUGAUGGAGAUACAAGGUCAGUGGUUGAAUUUCUAACCAAAUGUUAAUGCUACUAUUGGAGAUUAAAGCUAUUUUGGUUAGGAGAUACCAGGUUAGUUUUCUGAAUAGUCAGAAUUGGUGUGUUUGCUCAAUUCUUUUUUUUAAAAAAGGAAGGUUGUACCAUAUCAUCCGAAAUAUGUGAAAAAAAAUUUCAUCUUCUAAGCAUGUACAGUAUAAGUCAACCAACUCAUGGGUGACCAUUUCCAUACACUGGUAUGGGACACAGCUGGCUUUCCCUCCAUGUGUUUCUUUUGCCCCUUCAAAAGAUGAGAUGGUUACUUUGACUUCAAGGCCUAGGGAGGUAAGAUGCCUUGGAUAGUUUCACCUUAGCGAGAACAUAACUGCACAUUACUGGGCAUAGCUCAGCCAUUUUCUAUCUGUGGUCGUGAGUUGUGAGAUGUUGUUCUCAACAGAAUGGAAGACUCCAUGUUUUUCUUUGCUGAAUGAAAGAAUCCUGGAGGACAUUGCAUAGAGACAAAAUAUUGAGCUUAUUCCAUGAGCAUGUGACUGUGCAAAUGAUUUUCUUUAAUCCCAGAGGCUAAAGUGAACUUAUCGUUUUUUAAAACUUAGUUAUCAAGUUUGUGCUGGAUUAUGGACUGCCAAUCGUUCCAAUACUGAAAUCAUCAAUCAGGUCAAUAGGCUAAAUUCAGUGACAAUAUGAUAUGAAAUAAAUGAAAAAUCAUCAUUUCUUAGUCAUCAAUAGUUUAUAGCCAAGAACUAUAAGUCAUUCAGACAAAUCAGUAUUUCCCAUAGAAAGUAAUAGAAGCAGACUUGCCAUUCACUUUUUAUGCCACAUGUGCCCUUUAUCCUCAUCUUUUCUUCUUCUUUUGUGUUUCAUUUCUCUGUUUCAACCUUGCUUCUCAUAUUUUUAUGGCACCAUGUCAUUUGCCUUUUUUUUCCAGACAGUCCAAUCUUCUUGGAAAUAUUCAUUGCUUUUCCAUGUUUGGCACUUUUGAAAACAUUCAUGCUUUUUUGAUGGCCUUCAAUUUUGAAGCAAAUACCCCUUGCUGUUUUACAUUUUGUUCAUCUUUGUUUUCCUUUUAUGCCGAUGAUGCUUCUAACGUUUCUGCUUAGUUAGGCACUAGGCUUUGCAUAUGCAGUGAAGCUUGCUAUGAAAAUUUGCCUGCAAGCACAAUGUGACAAUGAAACUUGGCAUGUCCUAAAAACAGUGCACUGGAUGUUUUGAGAGUAGGUCUGAAAAUUGAUAUUCUCACAGAAUAGCAUGUUAAAUAUUCAGACUCCUACUACUCGGAUGAUGGUGGAAUCUGAGGAGUUGUAAAGUUAAAGUUUGUGAAAAUUGUGGUACAUAUGUUUGAAGCUAUAUAUAAAUACUGG